ACAGAGAGACGACAUGGGGACUGAAGGCAAGGUUAUUAAGUGUAAGGCGGCGGUGGCUUGGGAGCCACGGAAGCCUCUUUCACUCGAAGAGGUGGAAGUGGCCCCUCCCAAAGCCCAUGAGGUCCGCAUUAAGAUCGAAGCCACUUCGGUGUGCCACAGUGACCUACAGGUCCUGAGAGAAACACCACUCCCACAAGGUGGAAUGCACACCUUCCCGAUCCUCCUGGGACAUGAGGCAGCUGGCAUAGUGGAAAGCAUUGGCCCCGGGGUCACCAAAUUCUCCAAAGGAGACACGGUCAUCCCUCUUUUCGCGGCUCAGUGUGGGGAGUGUGAAUACUGCCUGUCUCCAAAAACGAACAUGUGCAAGACACACUGGGAGGAAUUCCUGAAGGGGGUACUUUUGGACGGGACCAGCCGGAUCACCUGUCAAGGGAAGCAGAUUACGCAGCUUUUUGCCUUGGGUACUUUCUCAGAGUACACUGUUGUCGCAGAAAUCUCACUGACCAAAAUCCGGAAGGACGCCCCCCUGGACAAAGUCUGCCUGUUGGGGUGUGGGAUCUCCACGGGAUACGGGGCCGCCAUCAACUCUGCCAAGGUGGAGCCUGGGUCCACGUGCGCGGUGUUCGGUUUGGGGGCCAUUGGUUUGGCGGCAGUGAUGGGGUGUAAAGCAGCCGGGGCAUCCAGGAUCUUUGCUGUGGACAUCAACAAGGACAAGUUCCCCAAGGCCGAACUGUUGGGGGCGACUGACUUUGUCAACCCCAAGGACUACGACAAGCCCAUCAGCCAGGUGCUGGCAGAGAUGACCAAUGGGGGGGUGGACUUCGCCUUGGAGUGUGUCGGCAGCGUGGAAGUGAUGAGAGCUGCUCUAGAGUCUUGUUGUAAUGCCUGGGGGACCUGUGUGAUCGUGGGGUACGUUCAGGAGAAAGACAUGACCUUGGCACCCUUAACCCUCCUGCUGGGCCGUACACUGAAGGGAACUUUCUUUGGGGGAUGGAAGAGUGUGGAGAGUGUGCCCAAGCUGGUCGAUGACUACAUGAACAAGAAGCUCAAGGUGGACGAGUUUGUGACCCACAACCUUCCCCUGGAAGAGAUUAAUGAGGGUUUUGACCUCAUGACAAGUGGGAAAAGCAUUCGAACGGUCAUCAAAAUGGCCUAAAAGAGGCAGGCUGAAGAGAGAUGGCUUCCCAAACCCACACCCUGACGGCUCCACCGUGACUGAAGCCAGAAGCAUGUACAUGAAGUCAAAUGGCAGUUCCGAUGACUAUGGCGCAAUAAGAAAGAGAAUUAUUAACAUAAAUACACAGACUUUGGACAACCUGUCCCGCUCUGGAUAAGAGUGUCUGCUAAAUGCCAUGUAAUGUAGUGGGUUGGAGCUCAGCAUCUGGCUUGUCUACAUAAUCUGUAAUGACCCCUGACAUUCUUACACUCUGGUAUUUCAGCGUUCAAAUGUGCUGAACGGGUCACUGCUGUGAGAUGGCUGCCCUCUAGUGUGCCACCCAAGACACUGCAAGCAGCACACUCCUUACAGAGCAUCUAAAUUAAGGUCACUGGGGAGCCACAUUCAUUUCAUCCCCAGUUUUGUAAUCCGUCCGUUUGCUUUGCCAAUUCGUACCCUCAGUUUCUGCAUUUAAAUAUUGUUUUCCAAUGGUGUCUAGGAUCGCUCUAUAUGUUCCUUUUGCUAAUGCCACCUACUGUUCAAGAGAAUACAACACAGUUGAUAUGUUCCUGAAAAUCUACCAUCCUGUAGGUUUUCAUUUUAACAUUACAUUGGCACACCUGAUUCUACUACUCGAUGGAACUUGAGAUUCCAGCAGCUCAAAGGAAUCUCUAGCUCACUGGUGCCCAAUCAUGUGUCAUGGAGAGCCAUGAUGUGUCAUGGAGGGCGGUGAACCAGAAACCCACCGAUGCCCCUGUACUGCACAUACUGUACCACCAACCAGUGGUUGUGGAAAAGGUAAUGACAGACAAUCAAUGUUUACACAGGAGAUUGAGCUGGACUGUCUCACAGAGGUCCGUCCAUUCAACUUCUCAUCCAACCCUCUGAGACGUUAUGGAAACAUAAAGCCCCCCAGGGCUGAACAGGGGAAGAAUUGUAGGAUACAUAGUCCCCUCAAUCUUAGGGGACCAAAACUAAUUGGACAAUUGGCUCUUCAAAUGUUUUCCGGACAGCUGGUUUGAAUUUCAUUGUUAGCUCAUGCACAAAAGAGCCUAUAAAAUGUCUACAGUUGAUUCUAGGAGUGCCAUCUGCAUUUGGAGUCUGUUGCUGUUGUCAUGAAGCGUGAGGACCAAAGAAUGGCAGUAAAGCAGGCCAUCAUUAGGCUGAAAAAUGAAGAACAAAUCAUUGACAUUGGCAAAAUAUUUGCCAGGUAAACAUCUACAUUGUUAAGAAGCAAGAAGGCACUGGUGAGCUCAGCAAUGACAAACAACCUGCUAGACCAUGGAAGACCAAUGUAGUGGACAUCAGAAGAAUAACCUCAGAGGGUUCACCACAUGAUGCAAGCGCCAGGCAAGCCUCAAGAAUAGAAUAGGUUACAGUUCACAAAAAUGUACAUUAAAAAAACCUAUGUUCUGGACAGAUGAGAUGAAGAUCAACCGGUACCAGAGUUAUUUAUGAUCCAAAGCAUACCCCCUCAUCUGUCAAGCGUGGUGGAGGUUAUGGCUUGAGCGUGUAUGGCAGCCACUGGAACUGGCUCACUUGUGUUCAUUGAUGAUGACACUGCUGACGGCAGCCGCAGGGUGAAUGCCGAAGUAUAUAGAAACAUCUUGUCUGCUCAGAUUCAUAUAAAUAUGAUGACUUUAUUUCAGUUUGUGUGCACUUUUGGUCCCCUAAAAGUGGGAGACCUAUGGGCUGUAAUUCCUACAUGGUUCACCCAAUAUGG